AUGGUUCAAUUGACCGUGGUGGGCUCUUUAAACUACGAUUUAGUUUCCUAUACAGAUAGAAUCCCAGCUGGUGGUGAGACUUACGCUGGUCAAAGCUUUGAGACACAUACCGGUGGUAAAGGUUUAAAUCAAACAAUUUCAUUAGCAAAAUUAUCACCUCAUGUAUCAGAUUCAAAUUUAAAAGUUCGUAUAAUUGGGAAAGUUGGUCAAGAUGCUUUUGGUAAAGAAUUAAUUGAAGAAUUGACCAAGGAAGGUGUUGAUGUGUCAAAUGUAGAAGCUAUUGAAGGUGAAAGAUCUGGGGUAGCUGUCAUUAUUGUUGAAAAAAAUUCUGGUGAAAAUAGAAUAUUAAUUACUGCUGGUGCUAAUGGUAAAGCUCAUUAUUCAAAUGAUGAAUUAGUUCAAUUGUUUCCAAAAGAUUUUGGUAAGGAAGUUGUUGUUUUCCAAAAUGAAAUUCCUGGUACUUUAGAUACAAUUAAAUGGCUAAAGGAAAAUAGACCACAAGCUGAAGUUGUUUACAAUCCAUCUCCUUAUAAUUCUCAAAGCUCAGAAAUCAUUGAUAAAGUUGAUAUAUUAGUUGUUAAUGAAGGUGAAGCUUUAGAUAUUGCAAAAGAUAUUUUACCUAUAGAUGAAUUUAAAAAUUUUGAACAAGAAAUUGAAUCCAAUGAAAUCAAUGGAUUUUUAAAAUUAGCAACUCAAUUGAAAACUAAAAUUGAUCAAUCAAACUCAAACGUUGUUGUUAUCACACUUGGCUCAAAAGGUUCUAUAUUUACAUCACCAAGAAAAACUGAUGAUUCUACAAGUAAAUUUGUUGAAUCUGUAAAAGUUUCAAAUGUUGUUGAUACUACUGCUGCUGGUGAUACUUUCCUUGGUGGAUUAGUAACUCAAGUUUCUUUAGGUCAAAGUAUUGAAAAUGCUGUUAAAUUUGCUACAAAAGCUUCUUCUUUAACUAUUCAACAUAAUGGUGCUUCAGAAACUAUUCCAACUUUUGAAAAAGUUAUUGAAAGUUUUAAAUAA